UGUUUCUCUGCUAUGGAUCAGUGUGAGGACAGAGAGGAGGGAGUCCCUCCCUCUAAAAGCUCUCUGUGUGGGGAACAUGACAGCCAGACCAAAGCUCAGAGAGCAGCAGAGACCAGACUCUGGGCUGCUCUGGGCUUUUACAGUAUGUCUGUUAAUAUUUGGUGACAUGCUCCGAUUUCAUCCGCAGAGGAGCAACAAAGGUCAGAUUCCCCCAACGGUCAGUCUGCCCAGGAGCAUCCAACGCACUUGGAGUCCAUAUUUAUGCACCUUGAGGAGGACAUCGUCACUUUCGUGAAGACUGAGCUAAAGACGAUGCAAAAGGUCCUGAAUUCAGAUUACUCAGAAAGCAUAAAGAGUCAGAGUGAAGAUGAGGAGGUGUCUGAUGGUGAAACAGAAGAGCAGAGGAGGAGCAGCAGAGAUACAUUUCUGAAGAUCACACUGUACUUCCUGAGGAGAAUGAAGCAGGAGGAGCUGGCUGACUCUCUGCUGAGCAAGUGUCGAUGUAAACUCAAAUCUAAGCUGAAGAAGAAGUUUCAGUGUCUGUUUGAAGAGAUCGCUAAAGCAGGAAACCCAACCCUUCUGAAUCAGAUCUACACACCGCUCUACAUCACAGAGGGAGGGACUGCAGAGGUCAAUGAUGAACAUGAGAUCAGACAGAUUGAAACAGCAUCCAGGAAACCAGUCAGACCAGAAACAACAAUCAGACAAGAAGACAUCUUAAAAGCCUCACCUGGAAGAGAUGAACCAAUCAGAACAGUGAUGACAAAGGGAGUGGCUGGCAUUGGGAAAACAGUCUUAACACAGAAGUUCACUCUGGACUGGGCUGAAGACAAAGCCAACCAGGACAUACACUUCACAUUUCCAUUCACUUUCAGAGAGCUGAAUGUGCUGAAAGAGAAAAAGUACAGCUGGGUGGAACUUGUUCAUCUCUUCUUUACUGAAACCAAAGAAGCAGGAAUCUGCAGGUUUGAAGAGUUCCAGGUUGUGUUUAUCUUUGACGGUCUGGAUGAGUGUCGCCUUCCUCUGGACUUCCACAACAAUGAGAUCCUGACUGAUGUUACAAAGUCCACCUCAGUGGAUGUGCUGCUGACAAACCUCAUCAGGGGGAAUCUGCUUCCCUCUGCUCGCCUCUGGAUAACCACACGACCUGCAGCAGCCAAUCAGAUCCCUCCUGAGUGUGUCGGCAUGGUGACAGAGGUCAGAGGGUUCAAUGACCCACAGAAGGAGGAGUACUUCAGGAAGAGAUUCAGAGAUAAGACACAGGCCAGGAUCACCAUCGCCUACAUCAAGACAUCACAAAGCCUCCACACCAUGUGCCACAUCCCAGUCUUCUGCUGGAUCACUGCUACAGUUCUGGAGGAUGUGUUGAAAAGCAGAAAGGGAGGAAAGCUGGCCAAGACCCUGACUGAGAUGUACAUCCACUUCCUGGUGGUUCAGUCCAAACUGAAGAACAUCAAGUAUGAUGAAGGAUCUGGAACAGAUCCACACUGGAGUCCAGAGAGCAGGAAGAUGAUUGAGUCUCUGGGAAAACUGGCUUUUGAGCAGCUGCAGAAAGGCAACCUGAUCUUCUGUGAAUCAGACCUGACAGAGUGUGGCAUCGAUAUCAGAGCAGCCUCAGUGUGUUCAGGAGUGUUCACACAAAUCUUUAAAGAAGAGGGAGGGCUGUACCAGGACAAGGUGUUCUGCUUCGUCCAUCUGAGUGUUCAGGAGUUUCUGGCUGCUCUUCAUGUCCAUCUGACAUUCAUCAACUCUGGAGUCAAUCUGCUGGAAGAAGAACAAACAACAUCGCUGCGCCCAAAAAGAAGCAAAGCUAAACUGACACGCCUCCACCAGAGUGCUGUGGAUGAGGCCUUAAAGAGUCCAAAUGGACACCUGGACUUGUUCCUCCGCUUCCUCCUGGGUCUUUCAAUGCAGACCAAUCAGACUCUCCUACGAGGUCUGCUGACAAAGACAGGAAGUAGCUCACAGUCCAGUCAGGAAACAGUCGAGUACAUCCAGAAGAAGAUCAGUGAGAAUGUGUCUGCAGAGAGAAGCAUCAAUCUGUUCCACUGUCUGAAUGAAUUGAAUGAUCGUUCUCUAGAGGAGGAGAUCCAACAGUACCUGAGAUCAGGAAGUCUCUCCACAGAUAAACUGUCUCCUGCUCAGUGGUCAGCUCUGGCCUUCAUCUUACUGUCAUCAGAAAAAGAUCUGGACGUGUUUGACCUGAAGAAAUACUCUGCGUCAGAGGAGGCUCUUCUGAGGCUGCUGCCAGUGGUCAAAGCCUCCAACAAAGCUCUCGGCUGUAAUCUGUCAAGAAGCAGCUGUGAAGCUCUGGCAUCUGUUCUCAGCUCCCAGUCCUCUAGUCUGAGAGAACUGGACCUGAGUAACAAUGAGCUGGAGGAUUCAGGAAUGAAUCUCCUCUCUGAUGGCCUGGAGAGUCCACACUGUGGACUGGAGACUCUAAGGUUGAGUGGCUGUAACCUGUCAGAGAGAAGCUGUACAGUUCUGGCAUCUGUUCUCAGCUCCCAGUCCUCUAGUCUGGGAGAGCUGGACCUGAGUAACAACAACCUGGAGGAUUCAGGAAUGAAUCUCCUCUCUGAUGGCCUGGAGAGUCCACACUGUACACUGGAGACUCUAAGGCUGAGUAACUGUAACCUGUCAAAGAGAAGCUGUACAGCUCUGUCUUCAGUUCUCAGCUCCCAGUCCUCUAGUCUGGGAGAGCUGGACCUGAGUAACAACAACCUGCAGGACCCAGGAAUGAAUCUCCUCUCUGAUGGCCUGGAGAGUCCAUACUGUGGACUGGAGACUCUAAGGUUGAGUAACUGUAACCUGUCAGAGAGGAGCUGUAUAGCUAUGGCAUCAGUUCUCAGCUCCCAGUCCUCUAGUCUGGGAGAGCUGGACCUGAGUAACAAUGACCUGCAGGACCCAGGAGUGAAGUUACUCUCUGAAGGCCUGGAGAGUCCACACUGUGGACUGGAGACUCUAAGGCUGACUGGCUGUAAUCUGUCAGAGAGAGGUUGUGCAGCUCUGUCUUCAGUCCUCAGCUCCCAUUCCUCCAGUCUGAGAGACCUGGACCUGAGUAACAAUGACCUGCAGGAUUCAGGAGUGAAGCUGCUCUCGGCUGGACUGGAGAGUACACACUGCACACUGGAGACUUUCAGGCUGUCAGGAUGUAUGAUCACAGAGGAAGGCAGUGCUUCUCUGGCCUCAGCUCUGAGCUCCAACCCCUCCCAUCUGAGAGAGCUGGACCUGAGCUUCAAUCAUCCAGGAGACUCAGGAGAGAAGUUUCUGUCUGCUGGACUGAAGGAUCCACACUGGAGACUGGACACUCUCAGGGUUCAACAGCAGAGACCAGACUCACCUGUAACCAGCUGUGUGUCCAUGAAGAGUGACUGGUCCAUGCCUGAACGUCAUGACUUCAGAGAUGAACAUCACUCUGUUGAAGAAAGAAUUCAGCAGCAAAGGUCAGAGGUUCCCAGUGGUCAGUCUGUCCAGCAGCAUCCAACAGACCUGGACUCCAUAUUUAUGCAUCUUGAGGAGAACAUUGUCACUUUUGUGAAGAACGAGCUGAAGAAGAUCCAGAAUGUUCUGAGUUCAGAUUACACAGAAUGUUUAAAGAGGCACAGUGAGGAUGAGGAUGUGCUGGAAGGUGAGGAGGAAGAGCAGAGGAGGAGCAGCAGAGACGCAUUUCUGAAGAUCACACUGUACUUCCUGAGGAGAAUGAAGGAGGAGGAGCUGGUUGACCGUCUGCAGAGAACUCGUGCUGCAGAGUGUCAACGUCAACUCAAAUCUAAGCUGAAGAAGAAGUUCCAGUGUCUGUUUGAGGGGAUCGCUAAAGCAGGAAACCCAACCCUUCUGAAUCAGAUCUACACACCGCUCUACAUCACAGAAGGAUGGACUGCAGGGGUUAAUGAUGAACAUGAGGUCAGACAGAUUGAAACAGCAUCCAGGAAACCAGACAGACCAGAAACAACAAUCAGACAAGAGGACAUCUUUAAAGCCCCACCUGGAAGAGAUGAACCAAUCAGAACAGUGAUGACAAAGGGAGUGGCUGGCAUUGGGAAAACAGUCUUAACACAGAAGUUCACUCUGGACUGGGCUGAAGACAAAGCCAACCAGGACAUACGCUUCACAUUUCCAUUCACUUUCAGAGAGCUGAAUGUGCUGAAAAAGAAAAAGUACAGCUUGGUGGAACUUGUUCAUCACUUCUUUACUGAAACCAAAGAAGCAGGAAUCUGCAGGUUUGAAGAGUUCCAGGUUGUGUUCAUCUUUGACGGUCUGGAUGAGUGUCGACUUCCUCUGGACUUCCACAACACUGAGAUCCUGACUGAUGUUACAGAGUUCACCUCAGUGGAUGUGCUGCUGACAAACCUCAUCAGGGGGAAUCUGCUUCCCUCUGCUCGCCUCUGGAUAACCACACGACCUGCAGCAGCCAAUCAGAUCCCUCCUGAGUGUGUCAGCAUGGUGACAGAGGUCAGAGGGUUCAAUGACCCACAGAAGGAGGAGUACUUCAGGAAGAGAUUCAGAGAUGAGGAGCAGGCCAGCACCAUCAUCUCCCACAUCAAGACAUCACGAAGCCUCCACAUCAUGUGCCACAUCCCAGUCUUCUGCUGGAUGACUGCUACAGUUCUGGAGGAUGUGUUGAAAAGCAGAAAGGGAGGAGAGCUGCCCAAGUCCCUGACUGAGAUGUACAUCCACUUCCUGGUGGUUCAGUCCAAACUGAAGAAAGUCAAGUAUGAUGGAGGAGCUGGGACAGAUCCACCCUGGAGUCCAGAGAGCAGAAAGAUGAUUGAGUCUCUGGGAAAACUGGCUUUUGAGCAGCUGCAGAAAGGCAACCUGAUCUUCUAUGAAUCAGACCUGACAGAGUGUGGCAUCGAUAUCAAAGCAGCCUCAAUGUACUCAGGAAUGUUCACACAGGUCUUUAAAGAGGAGAGAGGGCUGUACCAGGACAAGGUGUUCUGCUUCGUCCAUCUGAGUGUUCAGGAGUUUAUGGCUGCUCUUCAUGUCCAUCUGACAUUCAUCAAGUCUGGAGUCAAUCUGCUGGCAGAGAGAAACAAAACAAAAAAGUCACAUCUCUACCAAAGUGCUGUUGACGAGGCCUUAAAUAGUCCAAAUGGACACCUGGACUUGUUCCUUCGCUUCCUCCUGGGUCUUUCACUGCAGACCAAUCAGACUCUCCUACGAGGUCUCCUGACACAGACAGGAAGAAACUUACAGUCCAAUCAGAAAACAGUUGAUUACAUCAAGGGAAAGAUCAGUGAGAAUCUGUCUGCAGAGAGAAGCAUCAAUCUGUUCCACUGUCUGAAUGAACUGAAUGAUCGUUCUCUAGAGGAGGAGAUUCAACAGUCCCUGUGUUCAGGAAGUCACUCCACAGAUAAACUGUCUCCUGCUCAUUGGUCAGCUCUGGUCUUCAUCUUACUUUCAUCAGAAAAAGAUCUGGACGUGUUUGACCUGAAGAAAUACUCUGCUUCAGAGGAGGUUCUUCGGAGGCUGCUGCCAGUGGUCAAAGCCUCCAACAAAGCUGUACUGAGUGACUGUAAUCUGUCAGAGAGAAGCUGUGAAGCUCUGUCUUCAGUCCUCAGCUCCCAGUCCUCUGAACUGAGAGAACUGGACCUGAGCAACAACGACCUGCAGGACUCAGGAGUGAAGCAGCUCUCCACUGGAUUAGAGAGUCCACACUGUACACUGGAGACUCUCAGGCUGUCAUUCUGUCUGGUCACAAAGGAAGGCUGUGCUUCUCUGGCCUCAGCUCUGAACUCCAACCCCUCCCAUCUGAAAGAGCUGGACCUGAGCUUCAAUCAUCCAGGAGACUCAGGAGAGAAGCUGCUGGCUACCGGACUGAAGGAUCCAAAAUGGAGACUGGAAACUCUCAGACUGAGUGACUGUAAUCUGUCAGAGAGAAGCUGUGAAGCUCUGUCUUCAGUCCUCAGCUCCCAGUCCUCUGAACUGAGAGAACUGGACCUGAGCAACAACGACUUGCAGGACUCAGGAGUGAAGCAGCUCUCCACUGGAUUAGAGAGUGCACACUGUACACUGGAGACUCUCAGGCUGAGUGGCUGUAAUCUAUCGAAGAGAAGCUGUGAAGCUCUGGCUGCAGUUCUUCGUUCCCAGUCCUGUAGUCUGAGAGAGCUGGACGUGAGUAACAACGAACUGCAGGAUUCAGGAGUGAAGCAGCUCUCCUAUGGACUGGAGAGUUCAUACUGUAACCUGGAGACUCUAAGUCUUUCAGGCUGUCUGGUCACAGAGGAAGGCUGUGCUUCUCUGGCCUCAGCUUUGAGAUCCAACCCCUCCCAUCUGAGGGAGCUGGACCUGAGCUACAAUCAUCCAGGAGACUCAGGAGAAAAGCUGCUGGCUGCCGGACUGAAGGAUCCAAACUGGAAACUCGACACUCUCAGGGUGGAUAAUGGUGGAGAGCAGAGGCUGAAACCUGGUCUGAGGAAAUAUGCUUAUGAACUCACAGUGGACACAAACACAGCACACAGAAACCUCAAACUGUCUGACAACAACAGGAAGGUGACAGCAGAGACAGAGGAGCAACCUUAUCCUGAUCAUCCAGAGAGGUUUGACCACUGGUAUCAGCUGCUGUGUAGGAAUGAGCUGACUGGUCGCUGUUACUGGGAGGUUGAGUGGAGAGGAGAUGUUCAAAUUUCAGUGACUUACAAAGGAAUCAGCAGGAAAGGAGACAGUCGCUACUGUAUGUAUGGAAGAAAUAAUCAGUCCUGGAGUCUGAGGUGUGACAAUGAUGAUAAUGCUUACUCUGUCUGGCAUAAUGACACAGUGAUCCAUCCCCCCUCCUCCUUCUCUGACAGAGUAGCAGUGUAUGUGGACUGUCCUGCUGGCACUCUGUCCUUCUACAGAGUCUCCUUUGACACACUGAUCCACCUCCACACCUUCAACACCACAUUCACUAAACCUCUGUAUGCUGGGUUUAAGGUCUGGGGGUCAAGUUCCUCAGUGUCUCUGUGUUCAGUGUAGGAGGAAGAGUCUUCUCCUGUGUGGAGAAACACUCACACUGAUGACAACCACAAUAAUAGAAUACUAAAUAUUUUAGCUUUAGGUUUUCUUUAUUAUUGUUUUCACACAAUGUACAAAUUAUUCUACUUUUUAAAAUAUGAUUCCACAGUUUUUGUGAAUUGAUUUGGUGCACCUAAUCCAUGGUUGAGUGAGGCUAAAAUGAGUUUGGCUCUGAGGCUGAAUUAUAACGGCUUUGUUAGGCUCUCAACACAAUGCACUUGUUUGUGAGUUCAGUAAUUAUCUACCUGUGUGGUAGACUAGUUGUGUUGAAAAUAAAAACCUUUGGUAUUAGAAAAUUAAUUAUUUUUCAAAAUAAUUCGAUCAAUUAUGAAUAACCAUUUCCUGCUUCACACAGGGUACCAUUUUGCCAAAUGCCAAAAUAUAUCCCAAUCACAGUGAUGCUUGUGACUGCUGUAAGUCUUCAGCUGACCAUUCACACAUGUACUGGACGUGCCCGAGGCUGACUAACUUUUGGACCGAUAUAUUCCAAACUCUCAAACAGGCUCCAACCAAACCCCUUGACUUCUCUUGUUGGUCUCCAUCCGAACAAAAAUGUGCUCGUUACUACACAGCGUGUCAUUGCCUUCACUACCCUGCUGGCCAGGUGCACCAUUCUUCUCAAAUUGAAACAUUUUUCUCAUCCGACUCACAACAGCUGGAUACGUGAAACCUGCAAUGUCUGCAGUUAGAGAAGUUAAGAUUCUUACAGAAGGGAGAGAGAGAGAGAGAGAGAGAGAGAGAGAGAGAGAGAGAGAG